GAAAAGUCUUGGCAAAGUGCUCGCAGAGCAGCAGAAUGUAUGCUCUGCACAUGAUGCUGCAGCUGAAGACUUAAUACGCGGCUGGUGACCCACCUGAAGCUCGACAUGGGUAAGGGCUGUAAAGUUGUGGUGUGUGGUCAGGCAGCAGUUGGAAAAACUGCCAUACUGGAGCAGUUACUGUACGGAAAUCACUCUGUAGGCUCAGAGUCCAAUGAGACCCAGGAGGAUGUAUAUGUGGCCUCGGUGGAGACUGACCGAGGUGUGAAGGAACAGCUGAGGCUUUAUGACACCAAAGGCCUUCAUGAUGGACAAGACCUCCCAAAACACUACUACACAGUAGCAGACGGCUUCGUGCUUGUGUACAGCGUCGAUAGUGUCGAGUCUUUCAAGAAGGUGGACGUCCUGAAGAAGGAAAUUGACAAGUCCAGAGAUAAGAAAGAGGUAACAGUCAUAGUUCUGGGAAAUAAGACGGACCUGCGGGAGCGUCGACAGGUGGACCAGGAGAUGGCGCAGCAGUGGGCUCGAGGAGAGAAGGUGAAGCUUUGGGAGGUGAGCGUCACAGAACGAAACACCCUCAUCGAACCAUUCACCCAGCUGACCAGCCGCCUCACGCAGCCUCAGAGCAAGUCUUCCUUCCCUCUGCCGGGACGCAAAAGCAAAGGCACCCCUUCCAAUGACAUCUGAAGCUCUGAAGACAACUGCACCAUACUCCUCGCUACUUCUGUUAGCAGGCUGCAUUCACCUCUCAUGGGAAUAACCAGCAGAACAACAUGAUGCUUUAGUUAAGCAAUAUGACAUUUGCAAAUCUAAACUUUUUCACACAGUUCUUUACAGGUUUCUAGUUAAAGGACCUUGAAAAUAAGCUCAUCCUAAUGUGUAAAGAAAGCUACUAUUUUCUGUUGUGUUUCAAUGUGUUACAUCCCCCUUUACUGAGAAAACCCUCUUAAAAAUCAACAUAUAGAAGUACCAAAGAUUUAGGCCAGUCCAAACACAAAUUGAGUUCACGCUUAUGAACUGUGAAACAACCUGUUUUGUUUUUUCGAAUGAAUGUGGUAAUCAUCCCCAGUUAAAUGAUUAGCCUUUCAAUACAAAACUCACAUGCCCUUAUAAACAGUAAAAACAUUAUUAGUCUUUGUUUACAAACACCAAAUAUUUAAAGAUUAAGGCCUUAUCAAUUCUGGAGGUCUAAAUGACUUAUAGGUGCAAUACGUUUGAGAACUGGUCCAGCUUUCUCCAGUAACCAUAGAACUGACUGUCACAACUGCAAAAGACAAUCCUGUUUUCUCAAGUUAGUGUUUUUUUUUUUUUUUUUUACCGAAAAACUGAAAUACUGUUGUCUUAGAAGGGACUUGACUUGACUGACAUUUCCAAUAGUUUAUACUUACAGACUACAGGAGUUGCUUAUCUACUUCUGACCUAAUUGCUUAGUCUGUAUUUUUGUGUGUUUGAAGAAUAUUGUACAAAAUUGCUGGUUCAGCUCUAACACAAUCAAACUUGUCGACAAAGUCAGUGGUAGAUCAGCAACUCCCGUCUUCUGCAAGGUAAAAUAAGUCUCUUUGUUUAUGUUCAUAUUCAAGUGUUGCUCCAAGAGCCCAGCAACAUUUGACAGAUAAUUUCUGCAGAAACAAACCCUUGUCAUGAGGAAAGUUUCCUUUAGGCUCUGUGAAGACACUAGAUUCCAUUGAAAAAGUUAACUCAGCCUUGCAGAAUACACGAGUUGCUUGUCUACCUCUGGCUCGAUUGGUUAGUAAGUCUGUGUUUUUGUGCGUUACAGAAAUAUUGUGCAAAAUAGUUUGUUCCAACACAAUAUUGAGUGACAUCAAACAACCCAAUCAAACUUACCAAUCAAGUCAGUUGCAGAUCAGCACCAACUUGUUUUCUGCUAGGUCACAUUAGUUUUUUGUCGACAGACAUUCAGAUUUCUGUUCUAAAUGUCCAGCAACUUUACAGAUAUGAUCAUUGUAAGGAUCAUUAUUUCUUUCAAGUUAGGCUAAUCUUUUUUAAACAAAAGCAGCUGUUAGAUAACUGUCUUGAAAGCAAGCAUAUCAAUUGACAAAAGCCAUCAUUCUUCCUUGCAUAAUACUAGAGUUGCUUGUCUACUGCUGCCUUGAUCGGUGAGCUAGUUUGUGUUUUUGUGCAUCACAAAAAUAUUGCAAAACAGUUGGUUCAGCUCCAACACAAUGUUUUUGUAACACCAAAUAACACAUUCAAACUUACUGGUCAAGUCAGUUGUAGAUCAGCGACUCCAGUGUUCUGUUAAGUAAAAUUAGUCUCUUUGUCAAUGGACAGGUUCAUUGUUCUAUUCCAAGGGUCCAACAGCUUCCCAAAAAUGAUGCCAUGAGUCUUUAUUUAACCAGAAACACCCUUUGUAGACAACAUUGAUGCAUUGGCCUUGUCUUGCAGAAUACAGGAGUUGCUUGUCUACUUCUGCCUUGAUUGGUUAGCUAGUUUGUGUUUUUGUGUGUUACAGAAAUAUUGUAAAAUGGUUGGUUCAGCUCCAACACAAUGUUUCUGUAACACCAAACACACUCAAACUUACCAAUCAAGUCAGGGGUAGAAGAGCAACUCCUGUGUUCUGUAAGGUCAAAAUAGCCUGCUCUGUCAAUGGGAAGGUUCAGAUUUCUGUUCUCAGAGUCCAAAAACGUAAUUAAAAUGACCCUACCCAAGAUGCACUUGUUCUGUCAAGAAAGAUCUUUUUUAUUUACCUAGAAAUGGCUGUUAUAAAAAUCUAAUCAAAGCUACCAGAUUUCAAUGACAAAAAUGGUAAUUAUUCCAUGUGGUAAACAGGAGAUGCUUGUCUACUGCUGCCCUGGUUGGUUAGCUAGUUUGUGUUUUUGUGUGUUACAGAAAUAUUGUAAAAUGGUUUGUUAUGCUCCAACCCAUUGUUUUUGUAACACAUACAACACAACACAUUCUAACUUAUCAAUCAAGUCAGUGGUAGAAGAGCAACUCCUGUGUUCUGCAAGAUAUGAACCCUUUCAAGAUGCUCCCCUUACUCUAAUAGGGUUUAUUUUAUGAGAAAUAGCUGCUGUAACACUCGGGUGACAAAAAUGGUCAUACUUUCUUUCAGAAUACAGGAGUUACUUGUCUACUUCUGCCUUGAUUGGUUAGCAAGUUUGUGUUUUUGUGUGUUACAGAAAUAUUUUAAAACAGUUGGUUCAGCUCCAACACAAUGUUUCUGUAACACCAAACAACACACUCAAACUUACAAAUCAAGUCAGUGGUAGAAGAGCAAUUCCUGAGUUAUGCAAGAUAAGAUGUAGCAUUUUGUCUAUGGGAGGAUUCAGAUUGUUUUUCGUAUUUUCUGAAAAUUGAUUGGAAAUGACCCCUGUCAGAAAGCAACUCCUUUGUCUUGUAAGUUUUAUUUGCUGUUACAACAAUCCAGUGACAAUAAUGGUAAUACUUUCUUGCAGAAAAUGAGAGUUGCUUGUCUACCUCUGCCUUGAUUGGUUAGCUAGUUUGUGUUUUUGUGUGUUACAGAAAUGUUGUGAAACGGUUGGUUCAGCUCCAACACAUGUUUUUAUAAAACCAAACAACACAAUCAAACUUACCAAUCAAGUUAGUGGUAGAACAGCAUCUCCUGUUUUCUUCAAGGUCAAAGUAGUCUCUCUGUCAAUGGAUAGGUUCAGGUUUUUGCUCUAAGGGUCCAACAGCUUCAUAGAAAUGAUGCCUUGAGACAUAACUAACUUUUUCUGUGAAUUAAUGAUCUUUUAUUUCAUCAGAAACACCUGUUGGAUCACCUCUUUGUAGACAACACUGAUGCAUUAACUUUGUCUUGCAGAAAAUGAGAGUUGCUUGUCUACCUCUGCCUCGAUUGGUUAGCUAGUUUGUGUUUUUGUGUGUUACAGAAAUAUUGUAAAACAGUUGGUUCAGCUCCAACACAAUGUUUCUGUAACACCAAACAACACACUCAAACUUACAAAUCAAGUCAGUGGUAGAAGAGCAAUUCCUGGGUUCUGCCAGGUAAAAUUAACCAGCUUUUUCAAUGGACGGGUUCAGAUUUCUGUUUGAAGGGUCCAACAGCUUCACAGAAAUGAUGCCUUGAGACAAACUUUUCUGUUAAAGAUGGUUCCUUUCUUUCAUUCCUGUUGGAUCACUUCUUUAAAGACACCAUUGAUGCAUUGGCCUUGUCUGGCAGAAUAUGAGAGUUGCUUGUCUACCUCUGCCUUGAUUGGUUAGCUAGUUUGUGUUUUUGUGUGUUACAGAAAUAUUGCAAAACAGUUGGUUUAGCUCCAACACAAUGUUUCUGUAACACCAAACAACACACUCAAACUUACAAAUCAAGUCAGUGGUAGAAGAGCAACUCCUGGGUUCUGCCAGGUAAAAUUAACCAGCUCUUUCAAUGAACAGGUUCAGAUUUCUGUUCAAAGGGUCCAACAGCUUCACAGAAAUGAUGCCCUGAGACGUACUUUUUCUGUUAAUGAAGGUCCCUUUCUUUCACACCCAUUGGAUCACUUCUUUAAAGACACCAUUUACACAUUAACCCUCUUUUGCAAAAUACGGGAGUUGCUUGCCUACCCCUGCCUUGAUUGGUUAGCUUGUUUGAGUUUUGUGUGUUGCAGAAAUAUUGGAAAAUGGUUGGUUUGGCUCCAACACAAUGUUUAAGUAACAUACAACAACACAAUCAAACUUAACAAUCAAGUCAGUGGUAAAUCGGCAACUUCUGUGUUUUGCAAGCAAGUAUUAGUCUCUAUUGUUUAUUGGCAUGUUCAGAUUACUGCUCCAAGUGUUUGACAACUUCACAGAAAUGAUGCCUUGAGACGAACCUUUUCUGUGAAGUAAGGUUCCUUUUUUCACCAGAAACACCUGUUGGAUCACUUCUUUGAAGAAACCAGUGAAGCAUCAACGCUGUCUUGCAGAAUAUGAGAGUUGCUUGUUUACUGCUGCCUCGAUUGGUUAGCUAGUUUGUGUUUUUGUGUGUUGCAAAAUAUUGUAUAAAGUAGUUGGUUUGGCUCCAACACAAUAUUUUAGUUACAUCAAACAACACAAAUAAACUUACUGGUCAAGUCAGUGGUAGAUCAGCAACUCCUGUUUUCUACAAUGCAAAAUGGGUUUCUUUGUAGAUGAACGGGUUUAGAUUUUUAUAAACGUUUGGGCUCUUCACAGAAAUAAUCCUAGGGGAGGAGCUUUUCCAGGUUCCAUUUUAUUUGACUAGAAAUAGCUGUUAGGUCACUCUGAGAAAGGGCUUCUUGUGGAUGGAGAUGCUCAGAUUGUUGUUGAAGUGUCCAACAACUUUAAAAAAUUAAUUUCUAUGCGGACAGACCCAUGGUCCAUGGCUAAGAUUUGUAAUGUCUUUCUAGAAACAGUGGUUACAUUAUUGUCCUUAAAAUCAAAAGAACUCAGCUGACAAAAACAGCAAUUCUAUCAUGCAGAAUAUGAGAGUUUCUUGUCUACUCUUGCCUUUAUUGGUUAGCUAGCUUGUGCUUUCGUAUUCCAUAAAAAUAUUGUUAAAUGGUUGGUUUGGCUCCAACCCAAUGUUUUUGUAAAACCGGAUAGCACAAUCAAGCUUAUCAGUCAAGUCAGUAUUAGAGGAGCAAGUCCUGUGUUUUGCAAGGUAAAAUUUCUUUCUUUUGAUGUAAGCCAGUUGCUUUAAAAUGGUGUUGCGGUAACUGUUUUGAGUUAAAAAAGGGAUUCUUUUUGUAAUAUUGUCAGAAGCUUAGAAUUACAAUAUGAAACCUGCCAUGUAGAUGCUGCAGCUGUUACAGCCUAAUUUGUGCCUACCAUCUAAAGAAACCUACAGGAGCAGUUACAAAAUCUUUGAACCUAUUAGUCCUUUAACCACAAAACAUGCCAAUAGGAUAAAUCUAUUAGGAUUUCCAUCUAAAAUAAUUGAAUUCAGGCUGUCAGUGCCUGUUCACCUCGGUGAAUUGUUCUUUUUUGAGACUUUGGCUAUUGUUUCUUACUUUUGAUUUAUGCUUCAUAGUGAUAUCGUCACAGGCAGCAUUUACAAGUUGAAUGAUCACAAUAUCUGUAAUUUUAUUUUUAUCUGACGUAAAGUUUUCAAAUUUUUGAUACUUUUUGGAAUUAAUUUUCAUUUAAUCAUAGAACCUCUAUACAUUGUAUUAAAAACAACUGAACUCUUAAAAAACGUAUUUUUCAUAACUGAGGUGCAUAGGAAAGCAAUCAAUCUUAUUUAAAUAUUAACUUCUGUAAGACUGUCAAAAUUGUACAAACCAUCACAAAAACGGUCCUGCAACAUUGCCAAUACUUUAAUGCAAUUCAGACAGUAUGCAGGACAGGAUUCCUGCAAAUUUUUGCCAAGUCUUAUCAAUUUUUUAACAUGAAAGUUCUCAGAAAGUCUUAAAUUGUGGAUUGCUCUCUGACUUAGGCCCAUUAUACCACGGUGUCAGCUUUAUUUGUUGUUUCAUUGUCCUUUUUUGUUUAUCUACUUGCCUCAUUUACUUAAUGAUUUAUUAAUUUAUGGGAGCUUUCACAGCAGAAGAGAAAAGAAUGUGAAAUACAAGGAAUGGAUGGCAAAUUCAAUGCAAUACAAAAUUGGUAUCAACUCGCACUUCUUUGGGUCUUUAAACAGCAUAAAUUUGAUUUCAUAAAGUUUGCAGCAACCUUGCAGGAGAUGCCUGCAUCUUUUGGUAACAAAAAAAAACAGUAAAUAACCUAGCAUUGGGUGCCUUUUUGAUGUCACUGUGUCAAAAAAAAGGUAAUCAUUUACUUUUUUUCCUGUAUCUGCCUAUAUAGUUAUUCAAUGCUGCCAUCUUAACAGUGAUUUCUACCAUGAGUCUUGUGUACGUUGUGUUAUUUCCCAUGCUACGUGAAUGCAGCGUGAACCCUCAGCUAGUCUUCAUCCAGUCCAUCUCCUAUUCGUCAUGGCCUGGCAGCAAUAACAUUCAUGGUACAGCCUUUAACGUGAUGUAGCGUUUGAUUUUGUCUGUCUUGCAUUAGUUGCACUCUCGUGUCGUCCAGCCUUUGUGUCUAGCAGGGUAACUUAGUAGUUAAAGCUGUGUGUGUGUUAGCCUUUCUAACAGUAGAAAUGUGAGUGUUGAGAGGAAAUAUUUAUUUUUUAACUAAUUUAUUUUUGUCACUUUAAUGAGCCACAUUCCUGUUGAAUCUAUGUGAAGGAUGAUUUGUGCCGUUUUCUCUGAUCUAAAUGUUUUAAAAUAAUGACAUCCAAAGGGCAUUCUCAUAUUCUCAAACUUUGACCAUAUUUUGUACAUUUUUGGGCUAAAUGACAAAAAGGUGCAUGAACAUUUUUAAGUGUUUCAGUAGAUUUCCCCGGUAGGCAAAAUCAAGCUGUAAUGUUUUCAGUGUACUUGUGACAAAUCUGUCUGAUUACAGUACAGCUAAGGAAAGUGCUUGUUUUUGACACUAAGUUUCCUUUAGUUAUUGUUAAGUGUUUCACAUCAUUACAGUAAGGAUAUCUGCAGAAAUAGAACAUUUCAUUUAAGAGGAAGAUGCUAAUUCUGAAAACGGACUCUGUUGCUGGCUUUAAAGUCACCAAACUUUACUGAAAAAAAUGCCAAAUUUAUCUUGCAGAACAUGGGUUAAGUGGCUUUGAAACAAAAAAGUGCAAGGCUUUUUUGGCAUCAAAACAACCUCAACAAAGAAUUUGUUUGUUCUCAAGCAAGAUAUGUAAAGGUUGGUUUAAUGGAGCAGAUUAUUUAACAGCAGCAUGCAAAAAUGGCUGCUUUUCCGCUCCAGGCUUUCAUCAGUGUUUCCAGUUUUUUAGGAAACACUUUUGUAAGCCUUGGGCUGAAACGCAUCCAUUUCUACAUGCUGCUUUUAAAUAAUCUGUAUCAUUACAAAGUGUAAGACAAGUGAUGAUCUUUUUGGCACUUUUUUGAGUUAAACAUGUUAGUCUCUGUAAUAUUUCUGCAGGAAUCCUUUCUGUAAUGUUGUCAACACUUGGAUAAUAUUCUGAGCUUUUCAAAAGUAAAAACUAGAACUUUUAGCCCUCCAGCGAUUACUUUACAGCUAUAACAUCCAGUCUUGUGACUGCCAGGUUAAAUCUGCUGUUGCUGUUUGAAAGUUUUAGUACCUGUUUGUCAUUUGCAUCCCCAAGAAUGUGUAAAUUUAUGGCCCAGGUUUAAAAAUAGCAGAAUUGCCCUUUAAUUUGCUGCUAGUAGAACAGAGUUAGUGAGAGCGCUCUGUUAUCAUGCUAACCCUCGAUAAUUCUCUGCUCUGUAACUGUCUUAAGAUGCACUGAAUAAAAUGUAGCCUCUUCAUAUUUAAUUG